UGCAUUGUGUCUCCCACUUCCUUUCUCUGCAAUGAAUCAAGCACUCCAGUCAUACAUUUAUAAUCCCAAUGCAAGUCUCCCCAAGAUCAAAAGAACAGCAAUUGUGAGAGCUCAAGACACUUCCAAGCCCAUUUUGGCUGGAUCAAGAUCACAAAAGCCAAUCUCUACUUCUGGACAACGAUCUGAGGAUGUUUUCAAAAGCUCCAGCCCGAUUUCUACUAAUCUCAGAUUUGACAGGUUUUUGGGGCUGGCAUCACUCACAAGGCCGGACGAUGUUGUCCCGUCCUUGAUGCUGAGCUUGGGAGGGAGCUGGAUGACCGCAAACUUAAGCCUGGAGUUUAUCAAUCUUCCAUUGGUGUGGACGACCGCUCUUUGCAGCGCUUGCAUCGCCGGGGCCUCUAUGCUCGCCAACGAUUGCUACGAUCACAGCAAUGGGACCGACGCGCUCAACAAGCGAGAGUCAGCGCUCGAGAGUGGCCAAUUGGAAGUAGCUCACGUUGCAUUGGCUAGUGGAUGUAUCUAUGGCGCCGCUUUGCUGGGAGCUUGUUACUUGGAGACUCUAAAUGCGAGGCUUUUGGUCGCCACCUCGGCUUUGAUAACUUUCAUCUAUACACCUUUGUUCAAGAAGGUGACGAUAGUGAAGAAUUUGGUGGUGGCAGCUGUGGUAGCGAGCUCUAUUCUCGCUGGAGGCUUGGCAAUCACAGGAGAUGCUGCAAGUUUUCCGAUGAGAACUUACGCCUCCACUCUCUACAUCUUCCUCUCGAUUUUGGGGCGUGAGAUUCUCAAGGACGUGGUAGAUGUGGAUGGUGAUCGAGUCACGGGUGUGAGAACUUUCCCGGUUAUCUUUGGAAGGGAGCUUGGGAUAGUUUUAUCCGGAGCAUGCUCUCUGGGAGCAAAUGUUUUCCUGGCGAAGCUUUUGUGGUCCAACUCUUCACACUUUGUGUUGCUCAUUGCGAUGGUGAACUCGUUUCCAAUGCAUUUUAAGCUGCUUAAACUACUCAUGCUUAGCAAUGGCGAUGCUAAUGUGGAAAGCGUGGUCAAGCUGGAUACAAAGUUUACAAUGGCAUUUGGUCUCUAUCUCCUCGCCAUAGCAGUAUAAAGUAAUUCAAUUAACUAAUGCUGUAAGAGAUCCACAAACUUUAUCGGUCAGCUUGAGCGCAAAGCAGAACAUUGAGAUCGGGUAGAGCAACAAAGCUGUAGAACUCUAUAUGGUAGCUUGUGUGUGACUGACCAGGUCUGACCAUUUUGUUUGAAGCUCAGAGAUAAGGCCA